UUGAUCCCUCUGUUUUUGAUCAUUGGAUCUGGAGGCGUUGGUGCAGCCUUGUACCUCAUGCGUUUGGCAGUGUUCAACCCUGAUGUCUGCUGGGACAAGAAGAAUAAUCCAGAACCUUGGAACAAACUGUCUCCCAGCGACCAGUACAAGUUCUACUCGGUUAACGUAGACUACAACAGACUGAAAAAGGACCGUCCCGACUUCUGAACAACACGCUCGUCUCCAUGAGCUGCACAGAAAGGUCUUCCAGAAGCCGUCCGCACACUUGUCAUGCUUAAUCAUCCAGGAAAUCGCCAACCUCGCCUCACGCUGCACUCGGUCGUGGGUUUGAAAGUGUUUUGAUGAGGCUUAAUAAAAGUCUGAAACGUGAAGCGUCUGCUCGUUAC